CUCCUCCUCCACCGCCACCGCGAGCCCCCGUUUCUUUUGUGCUCCUUUCGAACGCCUCGCGGGGCUGCUGCUCGGCCGCGCGCACGCACGCGGGUCUGCAGAAUCCAUGCAGCUCCUCCUCGAGGGGGUCGCGGUGACUGAGAGCCCCCACCCCCCUCGGCUCCUCCUGCGCCCGCCCCGGCACCGAUUGUUGACAAAAGACGCUGCAAGACGGAGCCCGGACCCCGGUACUGGUGUGGCCGAGGUGAUACGGUUGUCGGUGGUAGUCGGCGGGCCGGCGUGAAGUGGUCGCCCCCCCCCUCUCCUGCCUCUUCCUCCUUCUCUCCUUGCUGAAAACCACCCGUGAUUGGUAUUUACGGACAAAACCAGCAGCCAAGAUGGAUCACUCGGUGUGAGUGGAAGCGCCAGACCAGCGUUAAGGGAGGAGGCGGCGGCGGCGGCGGCGGCCUUGGGCAGGUCUAUUCACCCAGGAAUGGUGUGAGCUGAGACGGCCAGGCAGUCUGGAUCUGACCGGGGACCCGUCAUUCCCCCGGAGCCUCCGCGGCUCCAAGCCGCGUCCUGAGCCCUCCAAGAUGGGGAAGUGCGACGGAAGAUGCACGCUGCUGGUGAUAUGUUCACUGCAGUUGGUGGCAGCCCUGCAGAGGCAGGUGUUUGAUUUUCUGGGCUACCAAUGGGCUCCCAUCCUGGCCAAUUUCCUGCACAUUAUGGCCGUCAUCCUGGGCAUGUUCGGCACCGUGCAGUUCCGAUUCAGAUACCUCAUCUUUUAUGCAGUAUGGCUGGUCCUUUGGGUGGGCUGGAACUCGUUCAUCAUCUGUUUCUACCUGGAGGUUGGGAACCUGUCUCAGGACAGGGACUUUCUCAUGACGUUCAACACCUCCCUUCAUCGUUCGUGGUGGAUGGAGCAUGGUCCUGGUUGCCUGGUCACACCAGUGCUAGACUCACGCAUGGCCCCCGAUGACCACCAUGUCAUCACUGUCUCCGGGUGUCUCCUUGACUACCAGUACAUAGAGGUGUUGAGUUCAGCCAUUCAGAUACUGUUGGCACUCUUUGGCUUUGUGUACGCCUGCUACGUGAGCAAAGUCUUCCAGGAUGACGAGGACAGCUUUGACUUCAUUGGUGGCUUUGACUCGUAUGGCUACCAGCCUCCUCAGAAGUCCUCUCAUCUGCAACUCCAGCCUCUUUACACGGCUGGUUAACGGUCGGUAGCGCCCCCUUCAGGCCAAACCCUGACGGUGUCACUGUGGAUGGAAAGCGGCGGUUGCCUUGAUUACACUCACUCUGUGUGUCACAGUUUACCUGUGGAAUGGACUUACCCCACCCGGAGAGAGACGUCUGUGCGUGUGUGCAUGUGUGCUUGUGUCUGAGAGAGAGAAAUACAGCCCUGAAUAGAGCUCAGGGAAGAACCAGCAUGCCAGGUGGUGUGAUAAGAUGAAGGAGAAAAGGAGGAGGCCGGGGAGGGGAGAUGCAAGAGAACAAGAGCUGGGGACACCUCCGUCAAAUCACAGAAGACACACUUCACUAAACUGCCAGCUGUCAACACUCCCACAAGUGUGUGUGUGUGUGUGUGUGUGUGUAUGUAUGUGUGUAUGUAUGUGUGUGUGUGUGUGUGUGUAAAGUGUGAUUGAGUAACUCCACAGGACUAGCUGGUGCUUUGUGGUUGCACCCUGGACUCUUACCACUCGUGUCCCUGUGAAGUUUUUUUUUUUUUUUUUUUGUGGGGUGCUCGUGUGUGGGGGUGGGGUCACAUAAAAAUAGGCACGGCUCGUACCUGUUGUCGUUUUAGAAUGUGGUGAUGUCAAACUAGAGCAGUCUUACGAUUUCCAUUCCCAAAGCCAUCUUUCCUUCCUCCCGUGCGGUUAAAACCACUGUUGACAUUCAAGCUUUUCACAUUACAGGCCUGGCCUGCUAUGGUAGUAAAAUAGGUCCUGUGGAGCGGAAAGGAUGAACCGCUGAAAGGAUCAGGCUGACAAUAUUUUAUACAUUUUAUUAUUGACCAAAACCAACAAUGUGUUCAUCUAAAUACUUUUGUUCCUUUUCGGAGAAGUAAAUCUAAAAAAAGUCACAAAAAUAUGCUUUCAUUUAAAAAAAAGGCUAAAUAAUUUCCUAAAACAGCUGGGCACUGUAUAUUUUAGCUAAUGUCACUCAAACUGCAGUAAAUGCUGCAUUUGUUGGCCACUAUAUUCAGCUACACAUUUGCUGUAGUAUUUAUGGUGUAUGUUGGAUAAUCUCAAAAUAAAAUACAGUGCCUGUACAUGGUUAAUGGUCCGUACCUGUAUAGCGCCUUUCUAAUCUUCCGACCACUCAAAGCGCUUUUACACGUCACAUUCACCCGCUGAUGGCAGAGGCUAUGAGCAACUGCUCAUCAGAACAGAAAUUCACAUUAACACACCAGUGGAACAGCCAUUGGGAACAAUUUGGGUUUCAGUAUCUUGCCUUCGACAUGCACACUGGAGGAGCUGGGGGAUCGAAGGUUUAGCAGGCUCUACCUCCUGAGACUCCUCAUGUCGCCCAGUGCAACAAUUUGGCUCAUUGAUGUGUUUUUACAGGAUAAAAAGUGACAACAGGAGUAUACUCUAUCAGGCUUGUUGGUGGGCUUCAGUCAUUGUUGGUUUUGGUCUUUUGACUUUUGAUGCGAUUUGUUGACGAUGAGAAAAAUAUAGAAUAUCACCAGACUCAUCCUUUAAAGUUCUGGGUUACUGCAAAAAUCAAGUCAAAUGUCCAUUGCCAGGAUAUCUUGUUUUCAGGAAAAUAAAUUCAGCCUACUGUACAUCUAAUGCUGUUGAUUAGGGAUGCAGAUGGCUUUGGGAUCAGGCAUUAGUGUGUCUAUUUGGGGGGUGGGAGGGUGCAUGUAAAUAACCAGCCAAUGAUUGUUUUGUUGGUUCCAUUUAGAAAAGAGGGGUUGCAUUAGGGGGUGGGUUGGGCUGGGUGGAGAGGGGUACACACCAAAGCUUUUCUUCACACCUGUUUCUCUUCUUCUCUCUUAUUUGGAAAUCCUCAUGCUGCCCUCUUCUAAUCCAUCUGCAGCUAAUUCUCCCUAUCGUUUUUUCUCACUAACUACAUUCACAGAGAUAAAGGAGACCUAAGAGGAUAAUAUGUCAUGAACAUGCACGGUGACAUGCUCUAAGUAGUUUUUGUAGAUGUAACUGGAGACAGGAAGAGGGAAGGACGGAGACAGGUAUGAGCUGAAGACCUUAUUGGGUGUAAGGUGAAGUUUGAAAUAAUAAAAAUACACUUUCUACAUUAAA